AUGCCUGUCACAAACUUACAAGAAGAUGAAAAAUGUCAAGAACUAUAUAAAACAACUACAACAAAAGAUACAGAUGGUAGAUACAUUGUGCAAAUUCCAUUUAAAGAAGAAUUGUCCUUAGGGAAUUCUAGAAAACAAGCAGUAGUUAGACUAAUCAGCCUAGAGAAGGAAAUGAAGAAAGAAAUUAAGUCAGAAUACAUAGAGUUUAUGCGAGAAUACGAACGUUUAGGUCAUAUGGUUAAAGCAGAAAAUCAAAAUGAAGGGUUGUACUAUAUGCCACAUCAGGCUGUAAUUAGAGAAGCAAGUUCAACAUCGAAACUACGUGUAGUUUUUGAUGCGUCCGCUAAAACAACUAAUGGAAAUAGUCUUAAUAAUAUCAUGAUGAUCGGACCGCGAUUACAAAAAGAUAUAUUUGACAUAAUAAUAAAAUGGAGAUUAUGGAAAUUCGUGGUGACACCAGAUGUGGAAAAUAUGUUUAGACAAAUAAAAAUUGCAGAAGAGCAUCAAGAUUAUCAACGCAUACUCUGGAGAGAAAAUCCAACAGACAUAAUUGAGGAAUUUAAACUAACCACAGUCACUUUUGGAACUGCUUCGGCUCCAUUUUCAGCAAUUCGCACAUUACAACAAAUUGCUGACACUAUAAUAGAGGCAUUCUUAUUAAAAAUAAAAUUAAAAAUGAUUUUUAUAUGA